AUGCAGCAGUCAAAACAAGACAAGGAGAAGCAGUGGUCAAAACGGGACAAGCAGCAGCGGUCAAGAGAUGACAAUCAGCAGCAACAAGCAAAACUUAAUAAGCGGCAGUAUCAAUCCAAACGUAACAAGCAGCAGCAACGGUCAAAACGUAACAAGAAGCAGCAAUCAAAAUGUAGCAAACGCCAGCAGCGGUCAAAAGAAGACAAGCAGCUGUCAAAACGUGACAAGCAGCAGCAGCUGUCAAUACUUGACAAGCAACAGCAGUGGUCAAAAUCUUCGUUCAUUCAUUCAUUCAUCCUUUCCUUCGAUAUUUCAUUUCGUCUUUUCUAUUCGCGUCCUUUCUUUUCUUCCUUCUUUUCUUCUUUCAUACAUUCCCUUAGUGCUUUCCUUCUUUCUUUCUUUCAUGCUUUCCUACUUUCAUUUUUAAUACCUUUCUUUCCUUCCUUCCUUCUUUUCGAACUCCAUUCGUUCCUUGCUUCAUUCAUUCAUUCAUUCCAUUCUCCCUUCCUUUUUUCCUUCAUUCGUUAUUUCCUUUGUUUCUUUAUUACUUCCAACUUUUUUUCUACUCUAUCUUCCUUCUUUCACCGUUUAUUCUUCCCUUCAUUCCAAACUUUCUUUUUCUUUCAAUUCUUACUUUCUUCUUUUAAGUAUUCCUUCCUUCUUUCAUUUCUUUAUUCCUUCUUUUCUCCUUUUUUUUCCUACCUACAUUCUUACUUAAAUUCUUUCUUUUUUCCGUCUUUCUUUAUCUCUUUCUUUCUUUCUUUCUCCUUUCCUUCCUUCUUUUCUUCCUUUCUUCCUAAAUCCAUUUGUUCCCUCCUCCAUUCAUUCAUUCAUUCCGUCUUUAUUUCUUUCAUUCCUUAUUUCCUUCUUUCGUUAUUUCCUUUGUUUAUUCUUUCCUUCAAUCCGUUUUUUCACUACGUUUCUUCUUUUUUCCUUCCUUCGUUUAUUCUUCCCUUUUCUCCAAGCUUCCUUUUCACUUCUUUCUUUCAUCUGUCGUGA